GUUUCUUCUUCAUUUUUCUUUCUCUCUUUCUCUUUUUAUCUCCAUUCUUUCUCCUCUCUCAUUUCUUCCCCAAACCCAUCUCUUAGAACCCUAACCCCCAAAUUCACGGCAACAUCGACGGCAAGUCGGCAACGAGGACAGCGACGCUGCUGGUCCACACUAAUAGAUGGCGACAAAAAAUCAUUCACUGUUAUUUUUUCGGUACACACUUCAAGCAUAACAGGUUCUUUAAGCGAUAUAUAUCAGGUUCAAGCCCCGUAGUAAUGGCAAAAUGCAGUGCAGAAUUAACAUUGCGAAGGAACAUUCUCUGUAAAGAAGGAACAUUGGGAUUCUAUGCCCUCUGUUGAUACACGCAAAAAUAGUGCCUUUUCUUUGCUUCUUUGGGUUCUCAAGGAAGAAGAUCAAAGGUUGAGUUCAGAUCACUUGCCAAGGUGACUGGUUAGCUCGAACUCGAGCUCGACAAAAAUGGGGUACUGACUAGAAUAAAAAUAUAAAAUAGAGAAGCGUGAUCUGGUAUUUGUACAUAUCCGUUAACAAUGCUGACUUGCUGAGUCAGCACACCGAAAGUUUAUCUUUUUUUUUUCUAAAUUUUAUUAGUACUAUUCCUAUAUAUAUUAAUAUAUAUGUAUAUAACUAUUAUUCUCUGCAAUCUCCAAAGCCCCACCGUUCUCUCUUUCUCUCUCUAAAACCCCUCUCCUCUUCGUCCUCGGAUUCAAUUGCGGAGCUGUAUUGCUGAAGUCAUUACGGUGUUUGCAUGUGAUUAUACUGAUUCAUCAGAUUCUGUGAGAAACCUUACUUGAUCAGCUUCAAAUGCUUAGGAUUUUUGUGUAAGGAAUAUGGAGAGCGGUUUGACUGCCGAAGCACUUCUUAGAAAUUACCGGCUUGGAAAGACACUUGGGCAUGGGUCCUUUGGAAAGGUCAAAAUUGCUGAACAUCUUCGGACCGGUCACAAAGUGGCCAUUAAGAUCCUUAACCGUCGGAAAAUGCAGAGUCCUGACAUGGAGGAAAAAGUGAGAAGAGAAAUUAAAAUAUGUAGACUGUUCGUGCAUCCACAUGUUAUACGUCUCUAUGAGGUUAUAGAGACACCGGCAGAUAUAUAUGUGGUGAUGGAGUAUGUGAUGCGUGGAGAGCUCUUUGAUUAUAUUGUUGAAAAGGGCAGGUUACAAGAGGAUGAAGCUAGGCGCUUUUUUCAGCAGAAUUGUGUUUGUGUUUGGAAACAGAUUAUUGCAGGAGUGGAGUAUUGCCAUAGAAACAUGGUUGUUCAUCGCGACCUCAAGCCUGAAAACUUGCUUUUAGAUUCAAAAGGCAAUGUCAAGUUAGCUGAUUUUGGUUUAAGCAACAUUAUGCGGGAUGGACAUUUUCUGAGAACCAGUUGUGGGAGCCCAAAUUACGCUGCUCCUGAGGUUGUAUCUGGAAAACUUUAUGCUGGACCUGAGGUUGAUGUUUGGAGUUGUGGUGUCAUUUUGUAUGCCCUUCUUUGUGGUUCUCUUCCUUUUGAUGAUGAGAACAUUCCUAACCUCUUCAAGAAAAUAAAGAGUGGACUUUAUACUCUUCCAAGUCAUUUGUCACCUGGAGCUCGUGAUUUGAUUCCAAGAAUGCUGAUAGUGGACCCUAUGAAGAGGAUAACUACUCGUGAGAUACGCCAGCACCCUUGGUUCAAAGUUAGCCUUCCUCGCUAUUUAGCUGUCACUCCACCUAAUGCAAUUGAACAUCUAAAACAGCUUGAUGAGGAGAUCAUUCAAAAGGUUCUUAGAAUGGGAUUUGACAGGAAUCAGCUGAUUGAAUCACUGCAGAACAGGCUACAAAAUGAUGCUACUGUUGCAUACUAUCUACUAUUUGACAACAGGUCCCCCGUCUCCACUGGCUAUCUGGGUGCUGAAUUUCAGGAGUCCAUGGAGAGUUGUUCUGCAGGACCUUAUCCAGAUGUUAAGAUACUUGGCUCCAGUUUGAUGCCUCUUAUCACAAGAAAGAAGCAAUGGCUUGUCGGACUUCAGUCUCCAGCACGUCCACGAGACAUAAUGACCCAGAUCCUUGGAGCUUUGCAAGGACUGAAUGUCAGGUGGAAAAAGAUUGGACAUUAUAACAUGAAAUGUGUUUUUGUUCAUGCUAUUCCGGACCAAGGGAGUCUGACAGCCAUCAAUCACAUAAAUGGCAAUCAUUAUGUUAAUAGCAUAACUUCCAUCAAUGCAAAUGUUUCACAACCACAGUGUGUUGUGAAGUUUGAAAUGCAGCUUUACAAAACCAGCGAUGUGGAGUAUUUGCUUGAUCUACAGAGGCUCAGCGGCCCUGUGUUCCUCUUCCUGGACUUCUGCGCUUUUUUCAUGAUGCGGCUUGAUGUUCUUUAGCUUUCAUUUACUUUAGAAAAGGGUUGAAGCAUUAAUGUAAAUAUUGCUAUGCAAACGUGCAUUAUAUGUUAGGGUUUGGUUUGUAUUGAUAUGUAAAAAGUAGAGUACUUAUGCAUAUAUAGGAGGGUUACUACGUCUGUCUAUAAAGAGCAAUAUGUACAAGUAUAAACAGUCAUGUUUUCUACUACCCCAUUAUAACACUCCAUAUCAAAUAACCAUGUACAUACCCAACUUGGAUAUUGGAGAGCUAAUCUUUCUUUCUAUAA